AUGGAAGGCUCUGCCAAUGAACGCCUUCACUUCGGCAAGAUGGGAUACGGGUGCAAGCAUUAUAGGAGAAGAUGCAUGAUUCGAGCUCCUUGUUGCAAUGAGAUUUACUGGUGUCGUCAUUGUCAUAACGAGGCAGUGAGCAUGUUGGGCAAUAUCUGUGAUCGGCAUGAACUAGUACGCCAAGAUGUUGAACAAGUUGUUUGUGCGGUUUGUGACACAGAGCAGCCAAUUGCUCAAGUUUGCACAAACUGUGGCGUCAUGAUGGGAGAAUAUUUCUGCGAAAUCUGCAAAUUCUUCGAUGAUGAUACUGGGAAACAGGAGUUUCAUUGUGAUGAUUGUGGGAUCUGUAGGGUCGGUGGUCGUCAGAAUUAUUAUCAUUGCAAAAAGUGCGGGUCCUGUUAUUCGAUUGGCCUGCGUGAUAAUCAUUCUUGUAUAGAGAACUCUAUGAGGCAUCACUGUCCAAUUUGUUAUGAGUACCUUUUUGAUUCAUUGAAAGACACUACUGUAAUGAAAUGUGGUCACACAAUGCAUUGUGAGUGUUACCAAGAGAUGAUAAAGCGUUUCAAGUAUUGUUGCCCCAUAUGCUCCAAGUCAGUGGUGGAUAUGUCCAGUACAUGGAAGAGAAUGGAUGAAGAGAUUGAAGAAACAGUCAUGCCUGAAGAUUAUCGGGACAGGAAGGUUUGGAUACUAUGCAAUGACUGCAAUGACACAACUGAAGUUUACUUCCACAUAGUUGGGCAAAAAUGCGGUCACUGCAGAUCAUAUAAUACUCGUACAAUUGCUCCUCCUGUUCUUCCUCAAUGACCACUAUGUUCUUCUUCAAGUUAUUACAUCCAUCCCCAUUGUUGUAGAUUGCUCUGAUUCAAUUAAUGUCCUUGCCUGGAUAUGGAGUGAAUGAAUUGCGUUUAUGGUGCUAAGGGGGGAAACACUUUAUCCUCAUGGUGAAUUGCCAGUAAUUGUACUUGUUAAUGAUGAUGUAUUUAUGAUAUUUGGAUGAUAAUGAUGCUUGUGUUUUGCCAUUGGAUGUAAUCAACACAAUGCAAGGCAUGUGGCCAAUCGCUAUUCAUUAUGGCUGUAAAUUGUGAUAGCAGUUUGUUAUCUUUUGUCUUUGUCAUGCUCUGUUCCUGAGAGGACCUUUGCUAGUCAAAGCAGUAUAUCUCUAGAUAUUAAGCUUGAAUCUACUUAUAGUUUUUCCUA